GUUCGGCCUUCUUGCUUCACGUGUACGAAAAUUAGCGAAUUUUUUGCAAAUUGCUUACACAAAGAAAAUAUUGAAGAAAAUUAUGGCUUCAAGACUUAUUCGAAGAGUAAUUAGCACUCCAAACGCCCCGAAGGCUGGGGGACCGUACAGCCAAGCUAUUGUGGCAGAUCGUACGAUUUACGUGGCAGGACAGCUCGGAUUGGACCCGAAGGAUUCCAAAAUGGUUGGCACUGAUGUUCAAUCACAGACUAGACAGGCUCUCAGCAAUAUAAAAAAUAUUUUGGAAGCUGGGCAUUCCUCACUGGAAAAGGUUGUAAAAGUUACUGUGUACUUGGCUGAUAUCAAGGACUAUGAUGAGAUGAAUAAAGUUUACUCUGAAUUUUUCAAAGAAGCAAAGCCUGCACGUGUGGCCCUUGAAGUUGCACAAUUACCAAAAAGUGCUCGUGUUGAAAUUGAUGCAAUUGGUAUGGUUGGUGAUGUUGAAAUGGACAAUGCACAAGCUAAUUUGUAAUGUUUACUGUCUAAUGGUUAAAUAGAAUAGUAUAAAAUGAAUAAUA